CGCUGGGGCUGGGCGAGGUGCGGGAUGCGGAGCGGCGGCUGCGGGGCCGCAUCCACCGCACCCCGCUGCUCACCUGCGCCGGGCUGGACCGCAUGGCCGGCAGGAGGCUGCUCUUUAAGUGCGAGCUCUUGCAGAAGACCGGAUCCUUCAAGGUGCGCGGGGAUGGCGGCACUGCGAAGCCCCGGGGCAAAGGUCGCUCUUUGCAAGAGGAAACUCGCGUUCCGCCGGCACCCACAGCUCCUGCCGCCCUGUUAAUUCCCUGGGGUGAACGGUGCUGCCCAGGGCUCGGGGAGUGGUGUGAGGAGAACGUUCAGCCCUGCACACCGAGCCCUGCGCUCUCCCCGCAGAUCCGCGGAGCCCUGAACGCCGUGAGGAGCCUCGUUGAGGAGCGGCAGCGCACGGGCCGGGAGCUGCCCCGCGCUGUGGUCACACACAGCAGCGGCAAUCACGGGCAGGCACUCGCCUGUGCUGCCCAGGCAGAAGGGAUUCCUGCCUACAUCGUGGUGCCCCGGAGUGCCCCGCAGUGUAAGCAAGAUGCCAUUCGUGCCUAUGGUGCCACACUGGUGCCAUGUGACCCCAGUGACAAGUCCAGAGCCGAGACAGCAUCCAGAGUAGUCCAGGAGACAGGAGGAGUCCUGGUGCACCCCAACCAGGAGCUGGCAGUGAUUGCAGGGCAAGGCACCAUCGCCCUGGAGGUGCUGGAGCAGGCACCCCAGGUAAAUGCAGUGGUGGUUCCUGUGGGAGGUGGAGGAAUGGUUGCAGGAAUAGCAGUCACCAUCAAGGCUUUGAGGCCAGAUGUGAAGGUGUUUGCUGCUGAGCCAAGCAAUGUGGAUGACUGUUACCAGUCCAAGGUCCGAGGGGAGCUGACCCCCAACCUCCACCCGCGGGACACCAUCGCAGACGCGGUAAAAACCAGCAUCGGGCCCAACACGUGGCCCAUCAUCAGGGAUCUGGUUGAUGAUGUCCUGACAGUCUCAGAGGAAGAAAUCAAGCGAGCCACGUGGCUGGUGUGGGAAAGGAUGAAGCUGCUGAUUGAGCCAACAGCAGGCGUGGGACUGGCGGCCGUGCUCUCGGAGCAGUUCCAGGCAGUCCCCCGGGACGUGCAGAACGUUUGCAUCGUGCUGUGUGGGGGAAACGUGGACCUGAGAUCCCUGACCUGGCUCACAGACCUCUCUGGGAAAGCAGAAUGAGGAUGGAGUGGUGUUUCAAGGAAUGAAAAGCUCACUCUGAAUUUGUGCGGUGGUUUGUGCGCUACUAAAAACAGAUC